AUGAGCGGAAAAAAAGCAGACUCUGAGGUGCUGUAUAUGCUUCGGAGUGAAAAGGGGGUCUUCGUUCAUUUCUUUCAUAAACAUGGCCUUGAUGAUGCACCAAUUCUUGGAUAUAAGAACGAAUCGAAAGUGUAUAACCCCAACAUGAACUGGAAGAUUGAGCGGGUCCCGGGCACAGACACGCGUAUCCUUUUUAAGAGCGAACUUGACGACGCCGUGAUCUACUCAAAGGCCAAAGACCAUUAUCUUGGCGCCGACCAGGGUAUGGAGAACAAUGACACUGCUCACUGGUAUCUUGAGGGGUGCGAUUUCUCAGAAAUAUCGGAGGCAUCUCUUGUCAGAUUCCGCAACGCAAAGCACUCUACGCUCUACCUCGACUGGCAGCAUCCCGAGCCGACUGACGGCAAGGCCUUCGUGACUGGCCUAGCCAACAAUAACGCAAGCCAGAUCUUUCGGAUCUACAAAGUCCGCAAACCUGAAUAG